AUGGAGAAUAAUAAGGAGGCUGCGGCGGCGGCCGAAUCCCAUGGGACCGCAGGGAAGCGGGCACGGAGCGACGACUGCGACGACACCGCCGACGAUUUCAUCAGCCGGCUCCCCGACGCCGUCCUCGGCACCAUCAUCUCCCUCCUCCCCACCAAGGACGGCGGCCGCACGCCGGUCCUCUCCCGCCGAUGGCGCCACCUCUGGCGCUCCGCGCCUCUCAACCUCGAGGUCAGCACCCGACCCCCGGGCGUCCCACCCUCCGCCGUCUCCCAGAUAAUCUCCCAGCACCAUGGCCCCGCACGCAGAUUCUCCUUCCACUGCCACGGCGACGACGACCUCUGCGCCCAGGCGGAGAGCUGGCUCCGCUCCCGCGCCCUCGCCAACCUCCAGGAGCUCGACAUCGCCUACGCCAAACCCCAGCUGCUGACAUCGCUUCUCCGCUCUGCAUCCAACAUCCUUGUCGCCAAGAUCAGCCAUUGUGAUUUCAAGCCGGCCAUGAUCAAUUUCCCCUUCCUCAAGAAGCUCUCCCUAUUUUGCGUUUCCAUCUCAGCGGACCUCUUCCCCAGACUGCUCUCCGGCUGCCAUGCCCUGGAGAGUUUAUACAUGACCAACGUUCGUGCUGUGGGUUGCAUCCGUCUUCGCUCGCCGACCAUCAGGACCAUCAUCUUCCGUCAUAGCUAUGGUGAAACCGCGGAACUGAUCAUCGAGGAUGCUCCUCGCCUUGUGAGGUUACUAGUACCUUAUUGUGAGAGAAAAGAUAGUGUGACUAUCAGGGUAAUUAGGGCGCCUAAUCUGCAGAUAUUGGGACCUUUCUUUGUCGUCGUCUCCAAGCUCCUACUCUACCAGAUUGCUGCUGGAUAUUUGUCAGUGUGUAUGGAGUAUCCUACGCCCUAA